UCAUUUUCUUUUUCGCCUAAAAUGAAGAAAUCUAUAUUUUUUUUCUAUAUAAAAUGAGAAUUGCGGAAAGGUCCUCAGGUCAAUCGAAAUAAGAAAUUGGGUUGCGUCAUACAUACAUAACAUGAUACAAUAUCACUUGAAAGAAAAGCCUUUUUGACAAUAAAGGCUACAAAAUGAGUAUUUUGUAUUACAAAAAAUUUUGUAAUACAAAAGUGAUUCUUUACGUUCGACACCCAGGUUGAGUAGACCUCGUUCUUGUAAGAGCUAUUAACCAAUAAAUCAUAGGGAGGGACUUAUUUAUGUCACCAAAAACAGAGACUAAAGCAAGUGUCGGAUUCAAAGCUGGUGUUAAAGAUUACAGAUUAACUUAUUAUACUCCGGAAUAUCAGACCAAAGAUACCGAUAUCUUAGUAGCAUUCCGAGUCACUGCUCAACCUGGAGUACCCCCCGAAGAAGCGGGAGCAGCAGUAGCCGCCGAAUCUUCCACUGGUACGUGGAUGACUGUUUGGACCGAUGGACUUACCAGUCUUGAUCGUUACAAGGGGCGAUGCUAUGAUAUUGAACCCGUUCCUGGAGAGGAAAGUCAAUUUAUUGCCUAUGUGGCUUACCCUUUAGAUCUUUUUGAAGAAGGUUCUGUUACUAACCUGUUCACUUCUAUUGUAGGUAAUGUAUUUGGAUUCAAAGCCUUACGGGCUCUACGUCUGGAAGAUUUACGAAUUCCUCCUGCUUAUUCAAAAACUUUCCAAGGCCCACCACAUGGUAUUCAAGUAGAAAGAGAUAAAUUAAACAAAUAUGGUCGUCCUUUGUUAGGAUGUACUAUAAAACCAAAAUUGGGUCUAUCUGCCAAGAAUUAUGGUAGAGCGGUUUAUGAAUGUCUCCGUGGUGGACUUGAUUUUACCAAGGAUGAUGAAAACGUGAAUUCCCAACCAUUUAUGCGCUGGAGAGAUCGUUUCUGCUUUUGUGCAGAAGCAAUUUAUAAAGCUCAGGCUGAGACGGGUGAGAUUAAGGAACAUUACCUGAAUGCUACUGCAGGUACAUGUGAAGAAAUGAUGAAAAGAGCAAUAUUCGCCAGAGAAUUGGGAGUUCCUAUAGUCAUGCAUGACUAUCUGACUGGAGGUUUUACGGCAAAUACUUCGUUGGCUCAUUAUUGCCGAGAUAACGGCCUACUUCUUCACAUUCACCGCGCAAUGCAUGCAGUUAUUGAUCACGCCCCUUUUCAUUCAUUUCAAACAUAAAACUUGCUUUGCCUUUGCCCGAAGUU